UCUCCCCUUUCAUCCUGUGCCUCCCCCACCCACUGAGAAGGUGAUCAACUAUACAUGGGAAAUCAUUCUGUAUCACAAAAAAGCAAGAAAAAUGAAGACAGUGAGAAAAUUAUGCUUUGUUUUACACUCAGAGUUCAUCAGUUCUCUCUCUGGAGGUGGAUAGCAUUUUUCAUUACGAGUCCUUUGGAACUUGCUGACAACACUUUGGAAAGGCCAAGAUUUAACAGGAGAUCUGAAUCUUUCAACACCAAGUCAGAGAGAAGGAAAUUGUGUUUGAAGGAAAUGAUGUUAAAUUAGAAGCUGUAGAAACGGUUUGACUGAGACUGAGAUGAUCUGACCAUGUGUCAGUUGGAUAGUGUCCAUGUUUCAUAUGAUAGAAAAACUGUCCUAUACCUGAUACCAUCUGUUAACUUAAGUACUUGUAUAGGACCUGGAGACCCUGUUAUUCACAAGUGUGGAAACCUAGAUACAAGUUGUACUUAAGUUCUUGAGUGGGGGCAAGCUUUUGCCAAAGAGAGAAUGUUCUUUUAGAGUAGUUCCCAAGAUGGAACCUGGUCCAUCUGAGCCCAGCAUCAGGAUCCUUGGGCCAUGGGUCCCUCAUAUUUAUUCUCAGAAGACUUCACAAUUCUGUGGUUGGAAAAUAGACCUGGGGCCUAGCUUCCAGAUUCUCUGCUUUAGUAAUGAUGACUUAUUCACUCCCUAUCACUAUGUGACGCAGCUGUUUCCUUUGUCAAAUUACCAGAACUGUGUUUAUUCAUGAAGUGUUCUGAAAUUCUUGGGGGUUCUGUCAUUUCGAUCAUGUCCAGCUCUUUAAGGAAAAAUAGCCUGUUCUUCAGGAAAAUGCUUUGUUGGUCAAAAAACUAAUGCAAUCUUGGGCUGAGUGUCUAGGACAAUGAUAUCCCUUAAUAAAAUCCCUUAAUAAAAGGAUUUGUUCUGUGAACCUUGGACUCAGUCAAAUAGCCACACUUGAGGACCUAGAGGGCCACAUGGGGUCUCGAGGCUGCAGGUUCCCCACCCCUGGUCUAGGACUAGAGAAGUGAGAGCCUUGCUGCGUUCUACCCUGGUCAGACACCAUCUGGGAUAUGGCUUUCAGUUGUGGACAUCUUAGUAAGGACAUUAAUAAGCUGGAGGGAACCCAGAGGAGGUUGACUGGAUGGCAAAUGGCCUGGACAUCAUGCCUCAUGGGGAAUCAUCUGAAGGAGCUGGGGGUCUUUAAUAUGGUGAAGACUUGGGUGGGGCCAUUGUUUUCAAAUAUUUGAAAGGCUGUCAUGUGGAACAAGGAUUAUUGGAUUUGUUCUGUUAGACCCCACAUAGCAGAACCAGGAGCUACAGGGGGAUGGAGAGCUGGAUCUUGGCCUGAUAUAAGGAAGAAUUGUCCUAGCAAUAAGAGCUAUCCUCAAGCGGAACGAGUUGCCUUGGGAGGUAAUGAGUUCCCCGCUGCUAGAGACCUCCAAAGACUAGGUGACCACUCGGUGGAAAUGUAAAUGGAAUUCUUAUUCAUUAUGGGUUGGGUUAGAUGACCCCUGGAGUCUCUUUCAACCUUGAGAUUCAGUGAAUCUGUGAGACAUUCUUCAAGGUGUCAGGUGUAACAAGGCAUGUUUGAAUUUCACCGAGUCUGCAAAUAAACAUAGUUUGUCCUUUCCCAGGGAUUUUAACACUAACAAAAAGAAAGAGACCGUUGUCCUAGCCAGCACUUUAUUAUUGCUUUCAUUUAAAGGAUUUUUUUAGGUGGGGUUUAUAACCGGGGACACAAGGGGGGCAGGGGAGUAUCCCUAUCUGGUUUUGUUUAAUCUGAAUUGAAUGUAACGGUAGGAAAAAGGCUUACCCCCAUUGGGACCCGGUGCUAGCAUCAGCCUCCCCACCUUCCCCUUUUCCUUAGUUAAUUCUCCUCUCUAGCUUCAGAUUUACUCUCCCUCAGAGAACCUUCUUUCAAGUCCAGUUGCACUGGCCAGGUCUUUGUUUUGUGAAUUAAUCAAAUAAUAACCUUUUCUCCCGCUGGGUGCUGAAUGAAGGCAGAGGGUUCCGGGCCUCUGACUAAUGGGGUGGCCAAGGUAGGAGGGCAUAUUAGGAGAAAGCUCAUUGUUUCCUUCCACUGAAAUAGAAUAGAAAGCCUAAACGGUGUGGUGCUCUCUCCUCUUGUCCUGGCCAGUUCCUCUGGCUUGGGAUGGGUUUUUGUGUGCCCCGUAAAUGAGUCGGAUGAUAGCUGUGGGACAUCAUUAGGUAAAGGUUUGGCUGACUUGACAACUGCUGCAUUACUUUCCUGGCUGGUAGUGAUUUCUACCUUAUGUCCUGAGACUGUUCAGUUCCUGCUAGGUCUCUGCAGAGCAGCAAGGCCAUGCAUAUGGAUGCUGUGGGCCAUCUAAAACCAGUGGAGAUGUAACUAGGGUGGGGCAAUGGGGGUUUGUUUCCAGGCUUCUGAAAUUUAGAGGGCACUGGCCACAUUUUCAGGAGUGCAGCAAUGUAGAAAUGACUAAAAUAAUAAGUAUCUAGUUCUUAGCCCACUUCCUCCCUUCUCCUCUUGCUUCCCCUCUAAGAGAGCAACACACUUAAGCUUCCCUCUGGCCCAGCAUUGAGAUAUACUCCUGGGAUCUCUCCUCUCCCUCCACUGUACUUAUCUUUAAGUUGAUUUGAAAGCUAUUUCUGGACUGCUUGCCCUGGGUACAAAAAAAUGGCUAGUUAUAACUAUAAGGUCCAAGGGAAAUAUGAAAUGAUGAAGACCAGUGAGCUGGUUGGCCACGCUGGGGGCUGAGCCUAGAUCCUCCAUCCAGGUAAGUGGGCACUUCCUUCUUGGCCGGGCCAUACCCUCCUCUCUGCCCCACUGGGCAGGAAACUGGAGCUGCCUUGUACAUGUCCUGCCCCUGCCCUUCUUUAGCCUGUGGGAGCUGUCCAGUCAAUCGGAGAGUGUGCUGGAGGGGGCCCUCAGUGCCCUGUGUUUCAGCAUUGCAUCACAUCCUCCUGCAAAGUGGAAUGAAUCCCUGGGAGGCAGUGUGGUGGUGAGCCUAGAUCUGUAACCAGAAGCUUUGGCCUCAAAUUUCAGCUGUGCUGUUUCCUACCCAUAUGCUCUCAGGGAAGUCACUUAGUCGCUUGAUGCCUCCAUUUCCUCAUCUGUAAAAAAAAAGCGGCCGGACCUGUGGCCUCUGAGCUCCUUCCCAGCCCUCAUUCUAUAAUCAUAUGACCCUAUCCAGCAGUCUGGCAUCUCAGAAAUUUUCUGCUAACCAGCAAUGACCUCAGGUGGCUGGUGCCAGGUGCCCCACGUAGCUGUGCACUGAACCCAAGCCUCCUUCCCUUUUCUCCCUCCCUUGCAGGGUCAUCUGUCUGACAUGUGCACUCCCAGGGGCUUUCCCUUUCAAGUCAGAGGAGGACAGGCCAGACCAAAUGGGUGAAAUCUCAACAGAUGACAUUGAGUGCUUCUCAGAUUACAUGGCUCUACAGAUCCCUAAGGGCCACGUUCAUGGGCUCAAGCAAUGGCUGGGCAGAACCCUGCAUGUACCAGGUAAGGGGGGAGACUGUUACCACUUCGAACAAGACCCAGAGAGUGACUUGCCCAAGGUCAUACAGGCCGUAAGUAGCAGAGGCAAUGUUUUAAUCCAGGUCUGCCCUCCUCCUUUGCUAGUGAACUGGGGGUCCGUGGAAAGGCUGAAUUCUUUCCUGGCCAGGUGUGGUUAUUUCCUGUACCCGGACUCAGCUGGCAAUCAUAUCUUCCAAGCGCGCUACACAGCCUGCUUUGUGCAGCAAGAGAGAGCAAACUACCUCCUGGAAAUCAGGAUACUUCAGGAAGGCAUAAAAAGUUUUGGACAAAGUGACCGUUACAUCCUGAAGUGUCCAGUGACAACUUCCAGACUGAGCCAAGAAAGCGUCCUUUGUGGACCAGACACCAUUCAGGUUUCUCGGCCCAUACCCCAGGGAAGUGCCAGCGGACAGAGGCCCUGGCUUCUGUCUCUCCGAGGUGAGCUGGUGGCUUCACUGGAAGAUGCCAGUCUUUUGGGUUUAUAUGUAGAAACGAACACCACUACCAUCACCAUCUUGGGCUCAAGGCAGCAGCUUCUGCAAAGGAAGGAGGUGAUGAACACAAGUGUGGAUUUUUUGUCCCUCUGGAUGGUCAGCGGAUAUUAUGCCUAUUCCCUGGAAGCGAUGUGUCCCCUGGUCUCAUCUCAGCCAGGCCCAGAAGUCCUGGUUCAAAUCCCCAAACAGGGACUAGGGCUAGUGAAAAGAAGAUCCAGAUACACAGAAGCGCUGACCCUGAGAGAUCUCCGAGUCAGCCAGUCAAACAGCUUCACAAUCACUGAAAACAGAGACUUUGUUGUGGUCAGCAUCCCAGCCAGCGAUGUGCUCCAGAGCCAGUGCCAGGAAGCCCAAGGAGUCACCAGGAUGCAACCAUUUUAUAGGAUAGACCUCAGCCUGGAGUUUGCAGAAGUGACUGGUCCAAUCCACUGGACAGUGGAGAAUUUUUUCCAUUGUGCUGCCUUCAAAGACCAGCCUUCAUCAUCUGGUGUUACAGACCCUGAAUCCUUUUCAGCAGAAGUCAGCCCAUCAAUCAAUAAACAUGUAAAGGCUUACUAUGUGCCAGGCACAGAAGAGUUGAAGUCAGACUUGCCACUCCCAUUGACUACCCUGAAUACUGUGCCUUCACUGCAACCAUCUUCUCCAUCUCUGCCACCAUCUAUUCCAGUAGGCAUGCAGCUGACUUCUUCAUUCUCUCUCCAAGCAGCGGGAUCACCUUCAUCUGAAGACCUGCAAAGAGAGCCUUUGGGGAGUUUUGCCUUGGACAGCAGGCACCACGGACAAGCGGUAGGCACAAGCCCAAUGACACGUCUUCAGCUGAGCAUCUUCUCCAAUUCUCUUGAGGAGUGUUCAGAAUCAGCCAGGUCGAGGUCCCCAUCUGGUUUGGGAUGCUUGACCCCAAGCAAUCUCACUGCUCCUUCAAACUCAAGUAGCCCAAUUCUAAGAGCGAGUACUUCUGCCAUUGUUUCUUUCCAGGAGAACCAAUCUACAGGUGCCACCCUUACCACUCCACUGCCGGGUCUCUGGCUUCACUCUCUUGCCUCGAAUCAUGAUAAAAGGACACCAUCAGGGAUUCCAAUGACUGUCCCACCAAAUGGAGGAUCCUCUGAAAGUGAAAAGCCCCCAGAAGCCACUGAAAAGAUCCCAAAGGAUACUUCACAAGCUGUUGUGCCUGAACUAUCAGCUGCAGACCAGCGGGGCCAGGCCUUACUGCAGAUGUCCUCUACUUUGGCUGCAGGUUGGGAUGAUAGCCCGAGGAGACAUCCAGGACCCCGAGAAACAACUGCUCUCCUCUCCAAAAACUUUUCAGGCAGCAUCAUCCAUCUUCUCUUAUCUUUCACUACCUCCUCUUCAAAGAAGAAGCAAGAGCUGAUCAUGAAGCCACAGGCUGUGUCUGUAGGGAUUGGAGGGGACUCCAUCAUUUCUAGUGUUCCUGGAGCAGUGAUGAAUCAGCAAGGCAUAAAGGACCCCACAAGUGAAGGGACGGCCUGGUUGCCAACUUCAGUCAUGUUUUGGGAUGAUUCUACACCUCCUUCAGUGACCCCAGGUGCUAACUCCCAGGCCUUCCAGCAAACCCUCCCAGCCCCAACUGGUCAGAUCUUCUCACUGCCUGCCCUGCCUCAGUUGGUCUCCUUUGGGUCUACAAAAUACUUACGGUCCCCGGUGCAUUUGCUAAAGGCAUUUAUUACCCAAACUGAUGGUCUCAGAGAAAUGAGACCUGGGCAGGACUUGGCCGAGCUGCCAGAGCAUUCCAACCAGCUCAGAAGAUUGAUGAGGGGAAGCAGAACAAAGACAGAUGUGAACCCCCCAGAGGGAGAGUGGCUGGAUUAGUGCAGGUCUCCAGGGUGGCAAUUACCUGGCGGGUAAGAACUUGAAAACCACCUUUGCUGAAGGAAAGGCAGAUACCCAUCAUGGUCUCAGUCAGAAACAGGAAGUGGCAAAUUUCCAGGGAGCAUUCUUCCCCAUGUCAGAAAUCAUUGUGACAACACAGAGCCCUCACUUUCUCCAAAAUAGGACUGAGGGGGUCUUGGUUACAAAUCUGCCCCUGUCAGGACCAGGAGAGGCAGACCAGCCAGUUCUGCAGGCUGAGUCACAGAGUAACAGUCCCUUAUCCUGGAGAGAUGUAGCCUAUACCAACCAAAGGAGAAUUUUACAUACUUCAUUUCUAGAAGAAAUUGUAUCUGAUAGCUCUAUUACUCACCAAGAGUGGCCAAAGACUGAUGGACCUACUUCCCCCACAGGACACAUGCUAAGAAGUCAAGGGGCUUUUGGCCAAGUAGCUGUCCAUCCUUUCCUCCUUCUCCCCAGAUUGCUGCCAGAGAAACAGUUGUCAGAUCCUCGGAAGAGGGGCCUGGAUGGCAUCAGAAGAUCUACAGUGGCAUCCUCUAAGAGGACCAGGGAGCAGCUCUCUAGGGGCUCUGAAGGCAUCAGGACCCAAGGACCAGGGUCAGUGCCGCCUGGGACAUCCAGUUCGUGGCCUUCCUAGACACUGCAUCCUGAAUGGUACCUCUCACAAGCUACUGAAGCUGCUUCACCAUCCAUUUCUAACCCAAUGGAGCCUGGAGACCCUUUCCCCACAGUCCACUAGUGUAUCAUUUACCCCCAACAAGUGCUUCUGGGAUCACACUAGCGAUAGUCAUUAGCAGCAGUAUUGCUCAGAGUAUUGGAGGAGAAAUCACAGUACAAAUAGGCUCCGUUUUGUGGUUUUUCCCUUUUGCUCUGAUUCUUCUUUCACAACACAACAGUGCAGAAA